UAAUGUAUUUUCUCUGGCCUUUGUUUUACGCUAACGCCAAUUAGUUAUGUACUUCUAAACUUUCUAAUGCCUCUAAACUUCGAUGAGCUCCCUGAAGAUCGUCGUACGCAGGACUUUUACUUAGAGGUGGAUUGCCUUCCUGACGAGGAGAUAGAAAAUUUAAUCAUAGAACUGUCGGGGAUUGCUCAGUCAAGUUAUAAUAAAAGAAGAGGGAGAAAAAAAUUAUCUGCGUUAAGAGAAAAGGAUCAAAAACUAUUGGGGGAGGCCAACUUGCAGUAUAUGUCACAAAAUUACCAAGAGGCCAUUUCACUUUGCAAGAAAGUUGCAAGAAGCGUGCCCCAUUGUGCCCAAACUUAUAGCCUACUUGCUUUGAUUUAUGAGGAUCUAGGAGACUAUCUGAGCCAAGCAACCGCUGCUUUGUUAGAGGCGCAGUUGUCCAGAGGCAGUAAUCGUAACAAGUGGAAAAAGUUAGGAGAUCUGUUUAGAACGUUGAAUCUCUUCGAUAAAGCGAUCUACUGUUUCACGCGUUCUUUACAACUUUGUCCCGAAGAUGCGGACGAUCUCUGGGACCGCUCGAUGGUUUACGCUGCUUUAGGCCAUUAUAGAAGAGCUGCUGAAGGUCUGCUUACUAUACUGAAACUCCCUGGGAAAGAGCACGACCUCCAAGUAGUAUAUGAGCUUGCCACGAUUUACCAUUCACAGUUGAAUCAGACCAAAGAGGCCAUUGAGUUAUUAAACGACGCUUUAGGACAUAACCCUCUGCACAUACCCACAUUUGAUCUUCUCUAUAAGUUGCUGAUGUAUAACGGACAGUACGAAAGAGCUAAACUGCUUUGCAAUAAGUCCUUUUUAGAAUGUGAGCGCCCACUUUCAGUGACUGUGAAGAUCGCCCUCUGUCUGGUUUACUUGUUUAGCUUUGAGGAAGCUGCCAAAUUCUUGCGUUGCUUGGAAAGUCAUGCGAUUGAGGAGGUCUCGGACUUUUAUGUUGAGAUUAUUGAGGCUUACGUGGCCGUUGGGGAGUAUGCCAAGGCUCUUUACCUCUGCGACGUUAUAAUGGGCAGCGUAGAAGUAAAUGCCAACGUGUGGUAUCUGCGUGGUAAGUGCGAGCAGUCCCUGGGGUUGCUGGAAGAAUGCGUAUUGUCUCUGGAAACGGUACUGAAGUUUUCAGAAUUUGCUGAUCAUAAGGAUCAACUGAACACCCGACUUCUUUUGUCGACUGUCUACGGAGAUCUCGGGUUAGCAGAAAAGAGUUUAACUGUUGUCAGGGGAGAAUGCCUCCCGCGUCCUACAAGGGGUUUUUCUGACGUUGAUGUUGAUUCCCAAGUUUUGCUAUCUCGUUGCUCACUUUUUUUGUCGGAGGGAGACUUCUCAGGUUUCCUGAAUAUCGCUCUUCCUGUUAUUAUAAGACUUUCCCAUCAUGCUAGACUUGAUGACAGACUAACCGCAGAGAAUAAUGAGUCAUUUUUAUGGCGGUAUGGCUACUCAAAGCUUUUUGACGAAUGGCUUGUGCUGAUAACAAACACUUUACGGGUUUUGAUAUACCUGGAGAAGUAUGAAACCACAGAGAAAACUUUUUACUGUUUGGAAUAUUUGAGUGGCAAACUUAAAAAUUUUGUUGAGCAGAAAAAGUCUAUCCUCUUGCUCGCUCUUUGGUUUAAUGUAAAAAGUAGAAACUACAAAGGGGCGUAUUUAACUGCCAAGAAACUUUUGUUUCACAACUUAAACACUCCCGGACUUUUAGAAUUCAUGCAUUAUAUGUUGCUUCUCACUCGAAACUACUCUCGUGCAAAAAAAAUGGUUUGCCGUCUUCGAGCGAGACAUAAGAAUAACUUUACGCUGGCUGUUUUAAGCGGCCACCACUACAUGCACCAGUCGUCAACGUCGUAUAUUCUCGCCAUUGGCGAGUACCAUCAUGCCCGUGUCCUACAACCCGCCAACCCUCUGCUCUUUCUUUAUUUGGGAAUCGCUUACUUAGCGCACGCCAUGAAAAGGACUUGCCUAAAAAAGAAGAAAUGCCUGCAUUCAGCUUUUGCUAAUUUAUACAACUAUUAUAACGCACUUGGUGGUUGCCGAGAGGCCAGCUACAACCUUGGCCGGGCUUACCACCAAAUCGGUUUGCUGCAUAUAGCGCUUAUAUACUACGACCGUUGCCUUACGUCAUUGGACAAUAAGCUUGUUGAUGAACUUGGAAAGAAGGCCGCUUAUAAUAUCUCACGAAUAUAUAUUUACUCAGGAAACGAGUUAUUAGCGAAAAUGUAUUUGGACGUAUAUUGUCUCUUAUAAGUUAACGUAACUGAUAAAAC